AUGUCAUCAACAGCCAUCAUGCGACUUUUGGGAGAUAUGACAACACAAAUGAAUCGUUAUGCUCCAUUGCCAAUGUUACUACUUGGUUUGAUUGGUAAUACUCUCAACGUUUAUGUGUUUACACGUAAAGCGUUGCGUAAAAAUCCGUGUGUCAUUCUAUUCCUUUGUUCAACAAUCGCCAACUUUUUUGCCUUAUUUGUCGGUUUACUUGCAAGAGUAACAUUGGGCUUUGGUUCGGACCCAACAGUGUAUAAUCAAGCAAUAUGUAAAUUAAAAUUUUUCGUACUACAAUCGUCUCAAUUCAUGUCCAUUUGGCUCAUUACCUUGGCCACUGUUGAUCGAUAUUUAUCAAGUAGCCGAAAUGCAAAAGUACGCCAAUAUAGCAAUCAAAAAGGGGCUUAUCGGGCCAUUAUGGUUCUGGUCGUCACUACUUGUAUCAUUCAUGGUAGAGUGUUCUAUUGUUCAACAGCAGAUGUCAGACAAGUACCACCGUGUACUGAUCACACUGAUGCAUGUAAGACAAAUGCAGUUAUUUAUUUAAUACUUGGCCAAUGUCUAACACCAGUAGCAGGUAUGAUUAUCUUUGGGACGCUGACAAUAAAAAAUACAAGAAAUCGACAUCGACAAGUAGCGCCGACGUCGACGGCCACAGUUGAAGUUGGUGCAGCAGCAGUAGCAACCAAUAGACAACGCGAUACCCAAUUAAUAAAAAUGCUCCUUCUUCAAAUUUUUGUCAUCACCGUGUUUAUCUUACCGGUUGGCCUAUCCAGAUUAUCUUUGACAGUCACACAGGCUUAUUCAACAGACACUGUACUCAUAGCCAUAGAAAACUUUGUGUUCCAAGUUGCCGUUAUGCUCACAUAUGUUACUAAUACUGUCCCCUUUUAUCUUUAUACCCUAAGUGGUAGUGUCUUCAGGAAAGAAAUUAUUCAAUUAUUUCUACAAAUCCGAAACAAAAUCAAAUAGCGCAUGCGUUGUUCAAAUGUAUACUACUUUCUAUACACAAUACAUGUUUUGUAUAUGUACUGUCCACUUUUCUUUUUUCCUCUAUGAAUUUUAUUUUUCGCGUGAGUCCAGUUUGUACAGUGCUAGAUAAAGGGAUUUUCUAUACACUGUUAUUUUAUCAUUAUUCAAUAAAGUAC